AUGGCUUUUCGCGGUGAACGCUUCCUCCUGGAUUUGGAUGAGGAAUCUGGUGCCCCAGAAAUCCCUUCUCCAUUUUCCCUCGUCGGGGAGAUCCAAGAACGGGCUCCCUCCACCGCCAUUCCCCCCGCGCCUAAACUGCCGUCCUCGUCGGCAUCAUCGACUGGGUUCCCUGCCCCUCGCCAACGCAAGCCCUCUUCCUUCAAACAGCGACGAUCAAACCAGCCCACUCCUCCGACUCCUCCCCCUACUGAACCGACCACUCAAGAUGACAAGAAAUCCAUCGACGAGGAGAACCGCCGUCACCUGGCGGCGAUGUCGGAUGCGCAGAUCCAACAGGAACGGGAGGAGCUGAUGGAGCAGAUGGAUCCAGGACUUCUAGAACGAUUCCUCCGUAGAGCAAACAUUGAAGAGGACCAAAAGACGGAACUGUCACCGCCAGCACCUGUGGCUGAUGAGAAAUCCAAACCGAGGAAAUCAGUUUCGUUCGAUAUUCCUCUGUCUGCGCCAGUUGCUAGACCACCAAGCGCGCAGUCCCAUUCUAUACCCAAACAGCCACCUAAGCCGCACCUCCGUAAUGAGGAUCUCGCUCCACCCUCACUCCCUCAAGACCUCCACCCGGCCUCUCAACGGCCGUCCCUUGACCCAGCUACUCUCGAAACCUUCCACUUCCCUCAGCCAACAACGCCAAUGCCAGUCCUGGACCCAUCUUCGCCGUCUUUCCUAUCAGAUCUCCAAUCCCACUACUUCCCCGAGAUAGCUCAGGAUCCAUCGACGCUUUCCUGGCUGCAGCCUCUCUCCGCCGACGAAGAAGACCCAGACUCAACGUCAGCCUACCACCCAGCCAGCAACGCCAUCUCAAUGGCGCCCUCUGCAAUCCGCUUCUCGCUAAGAGGUACCAUUCUUGCCCCCGAAACAUCGCUCUCCCUCCCAACAACCAUGGGGCUGCACCACCACGGCGAGGAUCCGCAUGCCGCGGGCUACACGAUUCCCGAACUGGCGAUUCUGGCACGCUCGACGUUCCCCGCUCAGCGAUGCAUCGCAUGGCAGGUCAUUGGUCGGAUUUUAUUCCGUCUUGGCCGGGCGGAGUUUGGAGAACGGGGUGGCCCGUUGUCCGAUGGGCUAUGGUUUGUUAUUGAAAAGGAGGGUAUUGUUGCUGGUAUGCUUGCUGAGGCCGAUGGCGCUGCUGGCCAGACCCAGGGUAGGAAUAAGAGCAAGGAUUCAAAAGACGAGGGUAGUAACUUGCCUCUUGCGUCCGGUGUUGGCCGUCAUGCUAGUGCUGCUGCGUGGGCAGUCGAGGGUAUUUGGUUGUGGCAGAAGGGCGGUGGUGGGGAUCGUGGGUUGUUGAAGGAAGGCCAACAUCGAUCUUUAUAG